UUUUGAAGUUAUACUUCUUUACGCGCGAUAUGAGGGUGAAUUUUUAUAUGUUAAAACCUACGAUCCGGGCGCAUGCGCAUUAUAACUUUGUUCUGAUUGGAUGUUCAAAUGACAUGUCAAAAAUUAUCCAAUAUGGCAGCUGUAGCGCAGCUGUGGUUUGGACGGUUGAUGGUUUGGUUAUGUAUGGUUGUUACGUUUUAAAAUUUGUGGGAAGAGAAACAACAAAGGUUAUCUUCAAGAUGAAAUCAAAAUGGAAAUCACGGAGAAACCAAUUGAAGAUUCAUCUUACGAAGGAAAUGAUAUGAGUCGACACACUGAAGGAACAACAUUAAAUAAAAAUAUGGAAGUUGUGACCGGAAAAAGACUUUUUAAAUGUGAAAUUUGUUUAAAACAUUGUAGUUCUGCUAGUGACUUGACAAAACAUUUGAAAGUGCACACUGGGGAAACACCUUACAAGUGUGAGAUUUGUUUUAAGCAAUUUACUACAACGACCUAUUUAAAAACACAUUUGAGAGUGCACACUGGGGAAAAACCUUACAAGUGUGAGAUUUGUUUUAAGCAAUUUAGUCAAGCAAGUACUUUGAAAAUGCAUUUGAGAGUGCACACUGGGGAAAAACCUUACAAGUGUGAGAUUUGUUUUAAGCAAUUUAGUCAACCAAGUCCCUUGAAAACACAUUUGAGAGUACACACUGAGCAAAAACCUUACAAGUGUGAGAUUUGUUUUAAGCAAUUUAGUAGAGCAUGUAAUUUGGAAACACAUUUGAGAGUGCACACUGGGGAAAAACCUUACAAGUGUGAGAUUUGUUUUAAACAAUUUAGUCAAGCAUGUAAUUUGAAAACACAUUUGAGAGUACACACUGAGCAAAAACCUUACAAGUGUGAGAUUUGUUUUAAGCAAUUUAGUCAAGCAAGUACUUUGAAAAUGCAUUUGAGAGUGCACACUGGGGAAAAACCUUACAAGUGUGAGAUUUGUUUUAAACAAUUUAGUCAAGCAAUUAAUUUGAAAAACCAUUUGAGAGUGCACUCUGAGCAAAAACCUUACAAGUGUGAGAUUUGUUUUAAGCAAUUUAGUCAAGCAAUUAAUUUGAAAAACCAUUUGAGAGUGCACACUGGAGAAACGCCUUACAAGUGUGAUAUUUGUUUUAAACAGUUUAGUCAAGUAAUUAAUUUGAAAAACCAUUUGAGAGUUCACACUGGAGAAAAGCCUCACAAGUGUGAAAUUUGUUUUAAGCAAUUUAGUAAAUCAGAUCAUUUGAAAAACCAUUUGAGAGUGCACACUGGAUAAACACCUUACAAGUGUGAGAUUUGUUUUAAACAAUUUAGUCAAGCAAUUAAUUUGAAAAACCAUUUGAGAGUGCACACUGGGGAAAACCUUACACGUGUGAGAUUUGUGUUAAGCAAUUUAGUGAAGUAGGUACUUUGAAAAAACAUUUGAGAGUACACACUGGAGAAAAACCUUAUAAGUGUGAGAUUUGUUUUAUGCAAUUUAGUCAUAAAAGUUCCUUGAAAAUACAUUCGCAAGAUCACAAUGGGCAAAAACCUCACAAGUGUGAGAUUUGUUUUAAGCAAUUUAGUCAAGCAGGUAAUUUGAAAACACAUUUGAGAGUGCACUCUGGAAAAAAACCUUACAAGUGUGAGAUUUGUUUUAAGCAGUUUACUACAACAGGUAAUUUGAAAAACCAUUUUAGAUUGCACACUGGAGAAAAACCUUACAAGUGUGAGGUUUGUUUUAAGCAAUUUAAUCAUACAGGUACUUUGAAAAGACAUUUUUUGAGAGUACACACUAGAGAAAAAAUGUGAAAUUUGUUAUAAGUAGUUUUCUAACAAAUGUUUUUUGAAAAUACAUUAUGAGAGCGCAUACUGGGUAAAAACUUUAUGCUGGGGCCACAGUAAUGUCUAAUGCCGUUAAUUAACGCAUUAUUUAAAAUUAAAGAGCAGUGGCGUGCUGGAACUUUUCAAGCGGCCCAGUGAUUUUAUAGAAAAGCGGCCUCUCAAUCCUCAUUUUACCUUCCAUUAUCGGGAAUUUUUAAUCAUUAUAAAUAUGCAAAACAAAAAUAUAAAAAUUUAAAUUAAUUUAGAUAAAUCAAACAUAAAACUUCGAAUUCAAUGAUUUUUUUUUUAAAUUCGUUGUUUUUUUAUUUAAGACUAAGCAAUCAUAAUUUCCUGAAUAAAUAAAUAUGAAUUUUUUGUAAUUAAGAUACAAGUAAAAUUUUGAGAAUGUUUCAAUUAUGUAUUCAGUUGAAUUUAAGUAGGUAAAUCAAUUAUACAAGAGAGUACAAAUGAGGCCAUGAGGGCCAGAGUGCCCUAACUACUUUAACAUUGCUUUACAUAAUCAAAGAAAAUGAUCAGAAGCUAACAAUGUCCAAUUGUUUUAGUAGUUUUAUGUUGACCAAGAAUUAUUAUUGAUCAACAUACAAUUACUAAAACAAUCGGACAUUAAUAGGUUCUGAUCAUUUUCUUUGAUUAUGUAAUGUUAAAAUCAGUUAGGCCACUCUGGCUUUCAUGGCCUCAUUUGAGAGUGCACACUGGGGAAAAACCUCACAACUGUGAGAUUUGUUUUAAGAGGCUACAGUAGCGCUGUAGUAUUAUAAUAUCACCCUGUACAAAAAGAUGUUUUUAUUGAAAGUUAAUAAUCAAAGUAAAUAAUAUAAUCGAUUGCCCAUGGCCGAGGCCGCGCGUGAUGUUGAAAUAGUUUAUUCUAUAUAAAAGUGAAUGUCCCAUGAUAUACAGGGUGUCCCGAAAAGAAUGGUCAUAAAUUAUACCACACAUUCUGGGGUCAAAAAUAGUUCGAUUGAACCUAACUUACCUUAGUACAAAUGUGCUCACAAAAAAAGUUACAGCUCUUUGAAGUUACAAAAUGAAAAUCGAUUUUUUUCAAUAUAUCGAAAACUAUUAGAGAUUUUUUAUUGAAAAUGGACAUGUAUAAUUCUUAUGUCAGGAACAUCUUAAAACAAAAUUAUAGUGAAAUUUUUCCACCCCAUAAAAAAUUUUAUUGGGAUUAUGUUCCCCCCCCAAACUUUUGUGUACGUUCCAAUUAAUUCAUUAUUGUGGUACCAUUAGUUAAACACAACGUUUUUAAAACUUUUUUGCCUCUUAGUAUUUUUUCGAUAAGCCAGUUUUUAUUGAGAUGCGGCUUCUUUUUCAAUAUAUUUACGUAAAAAUUUUAUGGGGGUUUUGUUCCUUUAAACCCCCCUAAUGUUUGUGUACGUUCCAAUUAAACUAUUAUUGUGGUACCAUUAGUUAAACACAGUGUUUUUAAAACUUUUGUCUCAGUUUUUUGUUCAUAAGUCACCUUUUAUCGAGAUGUAGCUUCUUUUUCAAAAUAUACCUAAAAAUGUAAAUUAUAAAUACAUUUUCAGAUUAUUAACAGGUCUCUAUAACCGUACUUAACCAUAUACAAAUAUGUGGUGGAUUCGACAAAUAUUCAAAAUAUCUCGAUAAACACUGGCUUAUCGAAAAAGUACUAAGAGGCAAAAAAGUUUUAAAAAUAAUGUGUUUAACUAAUAGUGCCACAAUAAUAAUUUAAUUGGAACGUACGCAAAAGUUUGGGGGGGUUUAAGGAAACAAAACCCCAUAAAAUUUGUAUGGGGUGCACAAAUUUUACUUAAUUUUUUUUAAGAUAUUGCUGUCAUAAAAAUGCCACAUGUCAAUUUUCAAUAAAAAAUCUCUGAGAGUUUUCGAUAUAUGAAAAAAAUUCGAUUUUCAUUUUGUAACUUCAAAGGUCUGUAACUUUUUUUGUGUGCACUAUUGUAUAUAGGUAAGUGAGGUUCAAUCAACCUAUUUUUGACCCCAGAAUCUGUGGUAUAAUUUAUGACCAAUCUUUUCGGGACACCCUGUAUAUAUUUAUAUUAUUAUUGUACUCAGUAUUUAGUUAAUGCAAUUUAGGUUGUUACUGUUAUAUGUAAACACGUUGUUAUGGUUA